AUGAAUAAAAGCAGCAGGGCAUUUCAGGUACCGAGUAAGGUCAUCACCAAGGAGGAUAUCACCCCCUUGUUGAGAUCGCAUACAAAGAAAAUAGAUACUCGUGGGACUGCCGAUGGUAACAACACCAUCGUCAAUGGAGUCGCGACUACGCCCAUCAUCAUCACUACUGCUCGUUCGAUAGAUACUGCAGGUUCACUAUCUGAGGACGCCACCGACGACGACGGUGAACAAAGGGGAUGUUUACACCAGAAAGAAGAAGACGACGAUGGUGACGACGACGACGAUGAUGACGGCGACCUCGAGAGUACGCUCGGCUAUAGUUCAGAGCCUGAUCCUCUUUUCUCGCCUUGUCACCAGCCUUCCUUCACUAACAACACGUUUGGGUAUGCGGCGGACAAUGAGCUCUCCAUGGAGGAAAACCAUUACGAGAAGGAUUUUCAUGACAGUAGCGAGAAUAGCAUCUUUUUGCCUCAGUUACAACAGUCUUUCUUUUUUGGCGACGCCAAUAACACGGACUUCUGGAAAGAGGUAAAUGGCACUGCCGAAGAAGCAAUUUGCCUGCAGGACACAAGGCAAAGGAAAUGCUCACUUGUGGCUCUGCAUCCAGGUGACGCUGCCACAAGUGAGAAUGACACCUUAGGCAUUGAGGACUUCAUCAAAGACGAUAUAAACGGCGCGGAAGCUACGGAGCCAUCCACGUCCUCAUCAUCUGAGACGCCAUCAUCUUCCUCUCUCUUUGACAAUUUGAAUUACAACAUCAAGCUGUUGUGUUACAGAGACAAUGAGGGCAAGUUCACGUUGAAAAAAAGGAAAUAUUUGAAAAAUUCCUUACGUUCGUCGUCUGCAAUCUCAAAGAAAUGGAAACCCAUGUCCAAAAGAGACAAGCUGUUGAAGAGGGCCAUUAGAAGGAAGAGUGGCGUUUGCCAGACGUUAUCAGCUGGUUUUGGUAUCGGUGAAUUCAUGUUGUAG